CUAUUGCAAACAUGUAUGGAAUGUCAGUCGGACGUUUUCAUCUUAAUGCCUCAACUAAAACUAAAGGCAUGAGUCAUUUACCACCUUCAGUAGCUUUUAUAUCUGAUCAGGCUCAUUACUCGUUGGAAAAAGGAGCAUUGUUUUUAGGCUUUGGAAUAGAAAACAUUAUUAAGGUGCCCAGUGACUCACAUUGUAGAAUGAUACCGGAAGAAUUAGAAAAAUGUGUGCUAAAAACUAAAAGUGAAGGUGCUUGGGGUGGUGUAACUAUUUUUUCUCGAACUCACCGUAAACUAAUGGAUGGUCUUGAAAGGGUAUCCUUUACAAAUGCAACGCUCUUCAAGCGGAAUAUUUGUUUCAGCCUGAUACCUAUUAUGAUACUAGUUAUGAUUUGGGUGAUGAGAGUAUUCAAUGUGGCAGAAAAGUUGAUUGUUUGA